AUGAUGUCCGCUCGUGUCGCCCGCUCCGGCCUGCGUGCCGCCCAGCAGUUCUCCGUUCCUCGCACGGCCGCCGUCAAUGGCCUCAGGACCUAUGCCACCCCGACCCAGGAAGUCCGCCCCCCGGUCGCCCUGUUCGGUGUUGAUGGCACCUACGCCACUGCCCUGUACACCGCCUCCACCAAGUCCGCUGCCCUCGACCAGACCGCCAGGUCCAUCGCUACCCUCGGCGAGACCAUCAAGGCCGACAAGAAGCUGACCGCCAUCCUCGGUGCCCCGACCCUGACCAACGCCGACAAGCAGUCGAUCGUCCAGGAGCUACAGAAGGUUGCCGGUGGCGACAAGGCCGACGUCCUGAAGAACUUCCUCACCACUCUGGCUGAGAACAACCGCCUCGGCACCCUCGCCGGUGUCUGCGAGAAGUUCGCGACCCUGAUGGGUGCUCACCGUGGCGAGAUCGACUUGAACAUCACCAGCGCCCAGGAGCUGGACAGCAAGACCAUCUCUCGUCUCGAGAAGGCUGUCUCCAAGUCCGAGUACAGCCAGGGCAAGAAGCUCAAGGUUGUCACCAAGGUCAACCCCGACCUGGUUGGUGGCCUCGUCGUCGAGAUUGGCGACCGCACCAUUGACCUCAGCGUGUCCUCCAAGAUCGCCAAGAUGAACAAGGCUCUUACCGAUGCUUUGUAA